AUUGAAGAAGAAGAGGCAGAACAGAAGUUGACUUUUGGACUGAAUUUAGUCAGAGCAACACAGAUAGCUGAUGCAUUCAGAUGGAGCUGCCAACUCGACCAACACUUUUUGAUUUCCAUGGCGUCUCCAUGGUCAAAUAUUUCACUGACAACUGGGAAAACAUCCAGAACUUUGAGGCCAGACCAGAUGAUAUCCUUAUAAACAGUUACCCUAAAGCAGGAACCACAUGGGUUUGCUACAUGCUGGAUCUCCUGUACUUCAGCAACAUGUGUCCAGAACGUCAGACUUUUGUUCCUCUGCAUGAGAGAGUGCCCUUCUUGGAGAUCAGUUCACCGCCUCGACCCAAAGCUAAUGAAAACCCAAUACACAGUGUAAAAGAAAAUUGGAACACUGUGAAAAAAGGUACAGACCUGAUAGAUCAACUCUCCACUUCUCCUCGUCUCAUUAAAUCUCAUCUACCAGUCCAGUUUGUACCAAAGUCCUUCUGGGAGCAACGCUGUAGAUUUGUCUAUGUGGCUCGUAAUCCAAAAGACAGCGUUGUGUCUUACUACCACUUUGGCCGCAUGAAUGGUAUUCAUCCUGAAGUGGGAGACUGGAGCACCUUCCUGCAGGACUUUAUGGAGGGAAAGAUGGUGUUUGGAUCAUGGUACGAACAUGUAAACAGCUGGUGGGAGAAGAAACAGACUUAUUCAAAUCUUCACUACAUGUUUUAUGAAGAUUUGUCUGAGAACUUUGGACGAGAAACAGACAGACUUUGCUCCUUCCUCGGCUUAUCUCCAUCAGCUGAAGAAAAGGAAAAAGUCAGAGCUGCAGUCAUGUUUGACAACAUGAAACAGGACAAAAUGGCAAACUCCUCCACUAUCCAAAUAAUGAACCAUGAGGUGUCUCCUUUUAUGAGAAAAGGAAAAGUGGCAGACUGGAAGAACCAUUUCACCGUGUCCCAGAACGAACACUUUGAUAAAGACUACAAGCAGAAAAUGAAGAAUCCUGAGCUGCGCUUUCGUACAGAAAUUUAGUUUGAAUUGCAAAUAAUGGAGUCCAGAACCGACAUUGAAAUUGUCAGUUAGAAAGUUGAUAGAAAGUAUUGAUUCAUAGCUCAAUAUUUUUCAUUUUAUUCUUAAUCGGACCAAAAGGAUUGCUCAGUGUAUAAAUAUUGUAUAUUUCACAUCAACUUAUGAACACAGUGGUGGAGGGUUAAUGAUGUGGACUUGUUUUUAGUCAGAGGUGUUGACUUGUAAAACUGGUUACUAAAGUUUUUAUUUUACAAAUUUUAAAUCACUAAAAGUUGAUUUUUAUUUUUGGUAAAAGAAAACAAAAUAAGUAAAAGAAUGGAGUGACUUUCAUCGGUCUUUGAUCUUCUUUUUCUCAAAUGUGUGAAAACUCUCUGGCAAUGUUCUUUUUACAGCUUAUUUGGGGCAAACAAGCCAAAAUUAAAAGACAACUCCUUGGAAACUAUAAUAAAAUAAAAACACCUGCAGCAAGCGACUUGGGGUUGAGAGGACUUCCUGAUGUAAAGAGAAGUCCUGUUCCUGUAAUGUGAGGCUGCUUGACUCGGUAAUAUUAUUUACAUUUCUUCCCCUCUGAAUGUUAGUUCAGUAACUAUUUAGCUGUGACUGAGUUGUCAAAUAAACAAAUGGGUUCA